AUAAAAAUCAUUGUUUUCCCUGUCGGGAAUGGUUAAAAAAUGGAUGCAAAGUACAUUUAAAUCAGCUUGUAGGGCGUCCGCGAACAAAUGGCAUGAUGCAAGACGGACUGAGAGCUAGUCUACUUUCAAGGUUGAUUCCCUUUGCAUGGACACGUACUUGCUAUCGAUAUGCGGAUGCCUCGGUGAAGAGACGAAGCCUACCUCCACUCCUAACCAGUGAACCUGGUUCAUCAUCUGGCCAAGCACAGCGACCAAAGAAGAAAAAGAAGAAAACGGCAGAAGGUGCGGCUGAUGUCAGCGAUUCGCAGCAGUCGUCUGUCAGCAAACAGCGUACUCUGCCCUCGGAGUUUAAAGUGGACUCCCCAGUCAUGGGUAGCCGCGAGAAUCUCGUGCAGAACGGCCAGAACGGGGCAGACUCCCAAGCCAAGAAGCCGCGACGGAAAAAAAAAAUGACACAUGGAUAUGACUUUGAGAGUGGGGCUGAUGAUACAGUAAAUGGAGAAAUCUCAGUCAGUACCCCAGCCAUCAACAACUUGAAGUCUUCUCCAGGUUCAUCAAGGAGGAAGAAAGCGGAGCACCGACAGUCGCGACUCCCACGGUCAGUCAGCGACGAAGUCCUACGCGACAAUGAGGCGGCUGGAUCUACAGCUAAGAAGAAGCCUCGCAGGCCUCAGUCCAAACACUUUGCAGAUGAUAGUGCAGAUGAUGAAGAUGAUGCGGGAACGUCCAAAGGCCACGGGAGACCCCCGCCGCCGGGCAAAGUCAAAAAGAAGAGAAAGUCAAAGCCCCCUACGUCAGUGGAUGAAAAUUACCAUGCAGAUGGUGAAGGUAUGUCACUGGACAUCAUGGUGGCCGCAGAGGACAUCAUCAGCCCUGAGAAGCAGACAAGAGACGAGCAGCAGCAACAGCAGCCGUCGCACACAGCAGUCUUGCCCAGCCAACCUGUUGGAAAGCUCUUCAUGGAGAGAAAAGGUGGUUUCAAGGGUGAAGACAAAGGCAGACUUGCACGACAGAGGGAGCGAGAACUGAACAAUCAACAGCCACAAGCAGAAACUCAAAAAACCACCACCCAAGUUGCAUUGACCACCCACCGAGCCUUACUGACCUUCAGCCUGUUCUGUCAUGGUCUCCUGGCCGGCUUUGCGCUGUGGCAGUGUGUCAUGGUCUACAUACUGCAGCGUCAGGUACCCUCUUCCGACACUCCCGGCAAGACGCGAUUCCUAGAGCAUUACAGCCGCCUGGCUCAGCCAGCCUCUGCUAUGUACUACUUUCUCUUCACUGUCUGCACCGUCUCCGUCUUUGACAGGUUUGAUAUUGGUCGCCCUGACAAACAGUUCUUCCGUGGACUCAUCACCUUCCAGUCUGGAGCCAUUUCAAUUUUAAUUUACCUCAUUUCACUGAUUAUGUCAGCUAGUGUCGCAGCUAUAGAUGACAGAAUAAGCUUGUUUUUCAAGACAACACCACCAUACUGUGGUGAUACCUGUCCAGAGAGUGGCUCUUUGUGGGACAGUGAAGAAGCAGACGCACAACUCAACAUCUGGGUUAUUAUCAACUUGAUCCGAGCCAUCGGUGCCUGCUUAGGAUGGCUUGUUAUCUCCGUCACGCCAACCACAGACUACACAUCAGAUCACCUUCACGACGCUGAGGAACCUCUGUGGGAUGACCAGCAAGAUGUGGAACUGAACAAUGUUCACUCAACUGCGUGACAGGUAUUCCAUUGAGUAUUACCACCUUGCGACUUGGGCUGCCGCUGUUUGCUUAAUUGCCUUGACUGUCACAGCAAAUCUGUUAAAAAUAAAGGGGAACCAAUGAUAGUAACUGAGCGAUUGUAUCCAUGUACAUGCAUUGAUAUAGUUAGAGACUGCGGCUGCCCUCUAGAAACAUUGACUAUGGCUGAGGAUAACAUGCUGUCCAUUAGCACGCAGCUGCCCUCUCUGAAAGAGGAUGUGGGGUAUUCCAGUCCCCAACAAGUUUAGACUCAAGUCCCAUCACAAAAACAGUCAUAACUAAGUGUGAAAAAUAACAAAAGAAUGCUUGUGUCACAGUCAAUAUGAAUAGCCUGUGACUUGGCUGAAGACAGAUGACUUGUGUUGGACUCAACUGCAACACUGUUAAGGGGACAGUUGUGUACGCUGAAAUUGCCUCGACAAAAGACAGGCACAUAGUUGGUACAAGCAUGGUACCAUUCACGGGGGAUCACUUUGAGGUGCUGCCACAGCUGUGCUAACUCUGGGAAAAGCUACAGAGGAUUGGGAAUAGAGCCGAACUCUUGAAACAACAUCUCUUGGAAACUCCUUCCAAAGGGUUUUGAAGCCUGCAGCAUUAGGACAUUUUGAAGCUGCUCAUACAAGCACAGUCAAAGAUUUUUCUGUGAUUGGAUUUGUCAUUUUUAGCCUUUUAUUUUCUUUCCCGCAUUUAAUUAUGGUUUUCAUGGAUCAGGUGUUUAGUCGUCUCAGAUGCAUUGCUGUGUGUUGGAACUGCUCACAUUUCGAUCUUCAGGGGGUUCCUCACCGGAGCUUACACUGUCUUUAGUGGACUACAUCAUUUGAUAGGUGAUGUCUCAUGGCACUCAGUGGUUUAAAACAUGAUUGCUGUGAACAAUUUACAGUGCGUAAGAACGUCAACUGUGAAAAGAAUAAUAAAAUAUCCAUGCUACCAAAUUGUAUUGAAUUUUAUUCUGAACUUCAUUCCCCGGAAAAACGCAAUUAAUGUACUGCUUUUACGUUUAUAGAAAUGACCUAGUCUGCGUUGUAAUGCACAAUUCUCAAAAAGAUGUUGUGUCUAGCUUAUUUCGCCGCUUGUACUUUUUAAAUGUGAAUUGUAACGUUUGGAUAAAAACAAACAAAAUUAUAUCUCUGUGUAUUUCUAACAUCAUUUAACACAAUUUGGUGCUGCCUGUUUUUUUAUAAAGAGCUGUUAAUAGUUGGACUUUGAAAUAACUUAUUUGUACAAAUGUAGACUUUCGUACUUGUUUGACUUAUUAAUUGUUGUGUAAACAAUAAAUACAGUGUAGA